AGGAGAAGCGGCGGCGGCGGCGGCGGCGGCAGGAGCAGCCGGCCUGACCGGCGGCGGCGGCUGCAGCAGCGGGGGCAGCCCCGGCCCCGGCCCCGGCCCCUGGCCCGCCGCUGCCUGGACACUGGGGCUGUGUUUUUUGCCAACGGGAACCGGCGCGGGAGGAGGAGGAGAAGAAGGAGGCGGAGGAGAAGGAGGAGGAGGAGAAGAAGGAGGAGGAGGAGGAGGAGAAGAAGGAGGACUAGCGGCGGCAGCAGCGGCGGCGGCGGCGGCGGCUGUCGGAGGAGUGAGGAGCGGCGGCGGCGGCAGCAGCGGCGGCUGCAGGAACAGCGGCAGCUAACAUGGCGACGGUGCCUGUCUAUUGCAUCUGCCGGCUGCCCUACGACGUUACCCGCUUCAUGAUCGAGUGCGACGCCUGUAAGGACUGGUUCCACGGCAGCUGCGUUGGCGUGGAGGAGGAGGAGGCGCCGGACAUCGACAUAUACCACUGUCCAAACUGCGAGAAGACGCACGGCAAGUCUACCUUGAAAAAAAAAAGAAAUUGGCACAAACAUGACACAGGACAGACGACAGAUGUCAAACCAGUCCAGAAUGGGAGUCAAGUGUUCAUCAAAGAGCUAAGGAGCCGGACCUUUCCCAGUGCGGAUGAUGUUGUGGUCAAAGUCCCUGGCAGCCAGCUGACCCUGGACUACCUGGAGGAUCGUGGCUUCACAGAGCCCAUCCUGGUCCCCAAGAAGGAUGGCUUAGGGCUGGCCGUCCCAGCCCCAACGUUCUACGUUAGUGAUGUUGAGAACUAUGUGGGCCCGGAGAGGAGUGUGGAUGUGACUGAUGUCACCAAACAGAAAGACUGCAAGAUGAAACUGAAGGAGUUUGUGGAUUACUACUACAGCACCAACCGGAAACGGGUCCUCAACGUCACUAACCUGGAAUUUUCGGACACCAGAAUGUCCAGCUUUGUAGAACCUCCGGAGAUUGUGAAAAAGCUCUCCUGGGUAGAAAACUAUUGGCCCGAUGAUGCCUUACUGGCCAAACCCAAAGUGACCAAGUAUUGCCUGAUUUGUGUGAAGGACAGUUACACUGACUUCCACAUAGACUCUGGAGGGGCCUCAGCCUGGUACCAUGUGCUCAAGGGGGAAAAGAUCUUUUAUCUCAUCAAACCAGCCUCAGCAAAUCUCUCUCUGUACGAGCGAUGGCAGUCGGCAGCCAAUCACAGCGAGAUGUUCUUUGCUGACCAGGUUGACAAAUGCUAUAAGUGUACAGUGAAGCAGGGCCAGACACUCUUCAUUCCAUCAGGUUGGAUAUAUGCAACACUAACCCCUGUAGACUGCCUGGCAUUUUCAGGACAUUUCCUUCACAGCCUGAGUAUUGAAAUGCAGAUGAGAGCGUACGAGGUGGAGAGAAGAUUGAAGGUCGGCAGCCUAACCCAGUUUCCGAACUUCGAAACUGCCUGCUGGUAUAUGGGGAAGCACCUGCUGGAGACAUUCAAAGGGUCACACAAAUCUGGGAAGCAGCCACCUCCUCAUAUAGUCCAAGGAGCUAAAAUAUUGAAUGGGGCAUUCAGGUCAUGGACUAAAAAGCAGGCCUUAGCAGAACACGAAGAUGAGCUUCCCGAACAUUUCAAACCAUCCCAGCUCAUCAAGGACCUUGCCAAAGAGAUACGACUCAGUGAGAACGCAUUAAAAGUCACUAAGCCUGAAGUUGGUGCCAAUGUCUCCCCCAAGGAGGUCUGCCCCAUGGAGAAGGAGAAGGAGGAGCCACCAUCCCCUGUACAUGUCACGCCACCUCCCUCUUUGGUGGAAAAAUCCUCUAAAAAAAAGACUCCCAAAGCUAUGAAACCACCCAAACCAUCUAAGAUCCCCAAGCUCCCCAAACUCCCCAAGCCACCGAAGCCUCCAAAGCCCCCCAAGCCUCCCAAAACUCCGAAGAUCAAGGAAGGAGGCAAGAAGAAAGGGAAGAAGUCCAAGGAAUCUGCUUCCCCCACCAUCCCCAACUUGGACUUGCUAGAGGCCCACACGAAGGAGGCACUGACCAAGAUAGAAACGCCAAAGAAAAGCAAGGUUUCAAAGAAUGUUUUAAGUGUCCCCAGCAAGGAAGUCACUAAUAAGCAAAAUGAUGUGGAGAGGUUUGAAAUCCGAGAACAGAAUAAGACCAAAACAGAAGCCAAGUGGAAGUAUAAGAAUAGCAAACCUGAUUCCUUAUUGAAAAUGGAAGAAGAACAGAAAUUGGAAAAAACUCCUUUAUCAGGAAAUAAGGACAAUAAGUUUAUGUUUUCCUUCUCAAAUAAGAAACUUCUAAGCUCCAAGGGAAUCAAAACCCAGACGAGUCCCGGGGUGUUUGGGUCCUUACAGAACUUCAAGGAAGAUAAAACCAAACCAGUUCGGGAUGAAUAUGAAUAUGUGUCUGAUGAUGGAGAACUCAAAAUUGAUGAAUUUCCAAUUAGACGAAAGAAAAACACAACAAAAAGAGAUUUGUCUUUUUUGUCAGAUAAGAAAGAGACCAUCCAGCACACACCUGUGAAGAAGCCAAAGGUUGAAUCAGUAUUAUACAAGAGUGAUGAUUCAUCGGAUGAGGAUUCUCUCCAUAUUGAUACGGAAGCCAAGCCCGGCCGCAAUUCCAAAGUAAAGAAAGAGAGUGGGAGUUCAGCAGGAAUUCUGGAUCUUUUGCAGGCCAGCAAAGAAGUUGGAGGAUUAGAGUAUAACACCAACAGUCAGCCACCUGCCUCCCCCAGCACACAGGAAGCUAUUCAGGGAAUGUUGUCCAUGGCAAACCUCCAGUCUUCGGACUCCUGCCUGCAGACGUCAUGGGGCACCAACCAAGCAAAGAGCAAUUCCAUCUCAGCCCAGAACUUGAAGAAGAAUGGGGGAGGGGGCAACAAGAGUGCCGGCAAACGGCUCUUGAAGAAAAGCACAAAGAACAGCAUUGACAUUGAAGACUAUGAGGAAGAUCAGGACCACCUGGAUGCCUGCUUCAAAGACUCUGAUUAUGUGUACCCCUCCUUGGAGUCAGAUGAAGAUAAUCCUAUAUUCAAGUCUCGAUCGAAAAAGAGAAAAAGCUCUGAUGAUGCUCCAUACAGCCCAACAGCAAGGGUUGGGCCUUCAGUGCCUCGGCAAGACAGACCUGUUCGAGAAGGGACGAGAGUGGCUUCCAUUGAGACUGGGUUGGCAGCGGCCGCAGCCAAACUCUCCCAACAGGAGGAGCAAAAAGGCAGGAAGAAGAAAAAUACCAAAAAGAAAUUGUCACCGAACAACACUAAUAAGGUCUCCCAGGAAAGCAGCUCGCCCGAACCCAAGCUGGAAUCCCAUAGCAGCAGCCUCACUGACCAUGAGUAUACAGCAGGAGCUAGCACCUUUGGAGGGGCUCAAGUCACUCGAGGCUCCCAGCCCAUGGCCCCUGGUGUCUUCCUCACCCAGAGGAGGCCAUCCUCAUCAUCCCAGAAUAAUGCAGCUGCCAAAGGAAAACGCACGAAAAAAGGCAUGGCGACAGCCAAACAGAGGCUGGGGAAGAUUUUGAAAAUACACCGGAAUGGGAAGCUCCUCCUUUAAUAUUGGAGCAGCCAGGACUUUUCUCCCCAGCCCAGGACUUCUUCCUGAGCCGACACUAAAUCUUCAACUCUUGGUGGACUGCCGUAGUAUUGCGCUUCAUCCUAGGGAGGACCCCAGUUAACUUUUUGUCACCACUCAAAUAGUUGUUUUUAACUUUCAGCAGUCAGAGUGUACAGAGCACUGCUAUAAAUAUUUUUUAAUAUAGACGUCCGUUCUCAAGUUGCUGAGAGUGACCAUUUCGCAAAAAGUUAACCCAAGAAUUUGAGGACCAUUCCAGUCUAGGGAGAGUAUCCCUCGAACUUGUUCCCAAGGGCAAGGUUGUUUCGCUCGCUCGCUCGAAGGGAUGCUCGUCCGUCUGGAGCACACUCCCUUUGAAAAAGGAAGUGUGGACCAACGCCAGAGGCAUCUGGGUACGGAGCGUGAAAUGAGGUCGGAGUUGGUAAAAUGCUGGCGCUUGCCAGAGGUUAAAAACAAACAGACAAACAAACAGAAAAAGAGAGAAGGGACGCUCCAUUCUUUUUUUUUCUCCCCAAGUCAUUUUCAGACAAAAUGCCGAAAGCACUCGACUCGAUUUCUGAGCUAACUUCUUUCCUUCCCUGUUAGGAGGUUGGACAGCAGGGGGGAGCGAAGGGUAUUCACUGCACAGGAGCACUUGGAAUUAGGAGACCACCUUGGAGUCCAGAGCGGUGUCUGUCUAUGCACAGGCGAGGGGACAGGGUUGGGGGCGGGGGGCAGCGGGGAGACCCUCGGGGAGCCGGCACUCCUCCGUCCAGCUGUAGAGGCGGGAUGGAGACCGGGGCUGGGCAGGUUGGGGCUGGGGGAGAGGAGUCCCCCCCAGGAGCACAGGCUCGUAGCGAAGGCCCGGGGACCUGGGGCCACACAUGGUACAAGGACAAGCUGGGGGGGAGCCCCGAAAUGAGCCAGCCCGGCUCGACAGGUAUGGCUGGCUGCUGGGAGGUGGCCCCUCUGGUCACUCGUCCCCACCGCCGCCGCGCAGAGCACUUCUUACCAGACAGACACCUUGGCUUCAGCUCUGGGAAGGCCGAGGAGGGGCAGCACGGACAGGCCGGCGAGGGUCCGGUCUGCUCCCACGUUGGGCUGAUUGACAAUUUGACUGGAUACUUUUGUCUUUUUAACUCUUAGCGUUUGGUGUAGAGUGCUUUUAUCUUCCAUUAAGCGGCUUGUCUGCACAUAAACACUGAGGGGGGUGGGGUGGAAUUUGUUUCUCAGGCAAUCCCGUCUUUUCAUUUUAGAUGUGUUUUUCCUAAGGCAUAUUUUUCAUAGAAUGUAGCUUGUAAAUAGCUUUUUAAAAUAACUUCUUUUUAUAAGAGUAAAAGUAUCUUUAGAAAUUCCUUUCUAUAGAAUACUUCAUUAACAUUUAUACAAGUUUUUUGCCGAGUAUGAUAAAAUGUAUUUUCUUUGAUUCUUAAAAUUUUUUUUGCUUUUUUUUGUUUUUGUUUUAUUUUUCGUUUUUCAUUUUUUUCCUUUGGGAAUUAGGUAUUGCCUGAAAAACAAGUCACGUUGGUGCAGUCUUAUACAGAAUCAAAUAGUACAAAAAGAAAUCUAUUUAAGACACAUUUUGAAGAUGACUCUUCAACUUUAAUACCAGCUCUUUGUUUUCAUUCUUGUAUGAUGAGGGGGGGGGAUACAGUUAUUUUACUAGCACCUUGUGAAGUGUUUCUGUGUUUUGUGAUGAUGUAAUUUAUUAAUGUUUGUAGCUUUUUAUAUUUGUAUAUUUCUUAUGAGCUUUGUUUAUAUACCCAUUACCUGGAUGAAAUGUCCAUGAGAAAACAGCUACAGGAAACAACUGAGGCCUUAUUAACUAACCCACAUCCUGUUCGAGUGGGACAUGAGCUAGGAAGACUGGGAGGACAGAACGAGUUAGUCUAAUGGGGCCCCAGACUUAAUCAAAACAGGUGUUUUUAAAGCUUCCUUUGACACUGUUCUUGUCCAGCAUUUAUAUUAAUCUAAUCCAGGCAUCAAGCUAUUUUUUUUUAAUUAUUUUUUUUUCGCAACAUGUACAUUUCUAACAAAGUCUAUUGUGGCUAUUACAGUGUUUUAUUUACUGAUUCAUAUCAAAUGCUCUUGUAUCAAGUCCAUGGAAUCUAAGUAAACUUAGAUCAAAGUUUAAAAAAGUAAAAUAUUUCAGGUUUUGUACAGAA